UUGAAUGUUCCGUAUCAGACAAAAGCCAUUUUUUGGUCUGACGGUAGCUGAGUUACUCAUGUCGGAUAUUUAGGGAAAAAGUGCUUCAAAAUACUUAGUGCUAUCUAAACCAUUCUUCUCUUAGAAAUUAUAGUAUACAGACGUAUAAAGUCAUGGAAGGAAACUAUUCACGAGAACUUUACUCGAACACGUUUUCCGAGUAUAGUGAAAACUACAGUCAUCCACAAGAUGGCGACACAGCUAAUAUUCAUACAGAAAUGCAAGGAGGACAUAUGUAUUUAUUACCCAAGGAUAUGAAGGAAGAAUUGCCUGAUAUAAAUGAACCAGUGAUGCCGCUCGAAGAAGACCUUGAAUGCAACAGCUCAGAGGGCAUGCAUUCCGCCGCUUUACAAGAACAGAACAUUGUCAGUGAUAACGGUAAAAAGUCCGGAUCUAGGAGGAGAAAACGUCCCAUUCCCAAGGGAAAACCUCCAUACAGUUACAUUGCCCUGAUCAGCAUGGCGAUAUGUAAUGCAGAGGACAGGAAGAUGACUCUACAUGACAUAUAUAAGUUCAUUAUGGAUAAGUUUCCGUACUACAGGGAUCAUCCCAACGCCAAAGGCUGGAAGGGCUCCAUUCGCCACAAUCUGGCUCUCAACGAGUGUUUCAUCAAACUGUCCCGUCGCAGUGGAAUGAAGGGCCAUGAUUGGGCUAUCAAUCCCGACUACGAGGAUAUGUUUGACCAUGGCAGUUUUCUCCGACGACGCUACAGAUUCAAAGACGGAACCCGAAAGAAAUCGCGUCUCGCCACGACUCCCGGGGCCCUGACUACCCCCCUUCCUCACUUAGAUUACAUGAACAAUGAAAACGUCUCUAACCGUUCAGGAAUGAUCAAACAGUUUCACCAAUCCAAACCAUUCCAUCAACUUAUGGAGGUGAAACAAAUGCCUGCAGUCACCCCUCUGUGGAACCCCUUUGUUGAGAGAUCGCCACCCCUGCCUUAUCCGGACCUCAAAAGCCCACCUUCUUACGCUAACACAAGCAUGGAGUCCAACUCCCCGGUAUCAAAUACGGACGGACACCUCAACUCCUCCGGUAACAGCGCCUCUCCGGACACCCCGCGAUUCCCUCCCCCAGGCUACAACCAAAACAACGGAUUUUCGGGGCUAUGGACCCAUGGCCAGAACUUCUCUGCAGCGUGUGCGUUUCCCGCCUUUACAUUUCCACAGGCUGUAAACGAAAACCCCGCUUACCCAGUGAAUGUCAAUCCAGUCUGUCCUCCAUCAAUGUAUCCCAAGUUCUUCAACUCGUAUCAAAAUGGACCGGAUACCGCUCAGUGGUCUUCGAUAUGAACGUGAAUAAGUUGAUUUCAUGACUGUCGAUUGGUUAUCAAAACUUUUUUUUCCACAGAAAAAGGUGCUAUUCAUUUUAACCAAAUAUUUUUAACUUUGCAAAUGAAACACUUUUAUAUUGUAAAUAUGUUCUUUUACUGACGAGGUUAAUAAAUUUUUAUAUUUC